AUGAGUGAUAUAUUAUAUGGUGGUUACCAACAUGAACCUGAAAAAGUAAAAGCAGCAAUAAAAAACCUUGAACAUAAAGUUGUAGAGAUUAAAAUGAAUAUAGAAAACGCUUUGUAUCUUUUGGAUCUUCAACAAAAUGUAGCAUUUGAAGAUUUGAUGGGUUUAUUUACUUCUUUGGCUAAUGCUAUGGCACAAAUGCAAACAUUACUAAAAAGAUCUGCUUUAACAGCAUCACAGGAUGACAGUGGAGCUUUUUUACGUAGUCAUUUAUUAGUUCCACAAGCUAUUUCAUUAGAACCUAAUCAAUUACUUCUUCAAAAGACAGAAGGAAGAAUUCCUUAUUGGAAUCAUGAUGUUGUACCAGAAUUUCUUUCAACAAAACUUAACCCCGAAUUGGAGGCAAUUGAUAAGGCAAUAGAAAAUGAAAAAAAUCUUAAAUCUCAGGAACUUGUUACGAGGCAAAUUAAUCAGAUGAAUAAACAUAUUGAUAUUCUUCUUGGUGCAUUAAAUGAAGCUGGAAAAGUUGCUGCUGAAAAUCAUUCAAAUAAGCCAACAUACGACAAUAAUGAAACAGAGAUAAUGGUUCGGGCAAUGAUGAAUGGUGAAGGUUUACCUUGUAGAAGUCAAAUGAGUAGUUCUCAAACAGUACAACAAAAAAAGUAA